CCUCUUGUUUGUGAGUAUUUGACAUCAUUGGUGACGCUAUUUGGAGGGAGUGUGUUAGACAUGAUCAUUUUAAGUCGACAAAACAAAGAAAAAGUAGAGUUUCUCCCAAGUUUCAGUUUCACCCACCUUUGACGACAAAAUGGGAGAAGGGGUGACAGAAACAAGAAAAGAGAUGAGCAGCCUGGUUUUUGCUGUUAAUGGACAGAGGUUUGAGCUCUCCAACGUUGACCCUUCUACAACUUUGCUCGAGUUCUUGCGUUCUCAGACUCCUUUCAAAAGUGUUAAGCUCAGCUGUGGUGAAGGAGGCUGUGGCGCCUGUGUUGUCCUACUGUCCAAGUAUGACCCAGUGCUUGACCAGGUUGAGGAUUUUACUGUGAGUUCGUGCCUCACACUUCUUUGCAGUGUUAAUGGAUGUUCAAUCACAACAGCUGAGGGAGUUGGAAACAGCAAGGGUGGUUUCCACCCUAUUCAGGAAAGGUUCGCUGGUUUCCAUGCUAGUCAAUGUGGCUUUUGUACCCCUGGAAUGUGUGUUUCUUUCUUUUCAGCUCUUGUCAAUGCUGAUAAGACCAACAGACCAGAACCCCGUCCUGGAUUCUCCAAGCUGACAGUUUCUGAAGCCGAAAAGGCCAUUGCAGGAAAUCUUUGUCGCUGUACUGGUUACCGCCCUAUUGCUGAUGCUUGUAAAAGUUUUGCAGCUGAUGUUGAUAUGGAGGACUUGGGGCUUAAUUCUUUUUGGAAAAAGGGAGAAAGUGAUGAAGUAAAGCUGAGUAGAUUACCUUCGUACAAUAAUUGUACUGCAAAUUCUAAGUUCCCUGAGUUUCUCAAGAUGGAAAUCAGGGCAGGUGCCGGUCUGGUUUCAGAAGGACAUCGUUGGUAUGGUCCUACUAGUGUUGAGCAACUUCAAAGCUUAUUAGAAAUGGAUGAGGACAAUGGUGGAACCUCAAUGAAGAUUGUUGUUGGUAACACAGGAACGGGAUAUUACAAGGAAUUACGAUGCUAUGAAAGAUACAUUGAUUUGAAAUAUAUUCCUGAGCUCUCAAUCAUUAGGAAAGACCAAACAGGGAUUGAAAUUGGAGCAGCUGUGACAAUUUCUAGAGCUAUCAAAGCACUGAGGGAAGAAAAUGAAUAUGAAUUUCACCGAGGGCAAAUGGUGUUCAAAAGAAUUGCUGACCAUAUGGAAAAGAUUGCUACAGCUUUCGUAAGGAAUUCAGGUAGUGUAGGAGGGAAUUUGAUAAUGGCCCAGAGGAAACAAUUCCCAUCAGAUAUUGCUACCAUACUACUUUCUGUGGGUACAUUGGUGAAUAUAAUGACUGGUCAGAAACUUGAAAAGCUUACAUUGGAGGAGUUCCUGGAGAUGCCCCCUUUGCAUUCCAAAAGUGUUCUUUUAAGUAUUAAAAUCCCUUGCUGGGAGUCUAGGAAUAAGGAUACUUCUUCUGAAACUGACACUAAGUUGCUAUUUGAAACUUAUCGGGCUUCACCUCGUCCUCUGGGAAAUGCACUUCCCUAUUUGAAUGCAGCUUUUUUGGCUGAGAUUUCUCUUUGUAGUAAUUCUACUGGAUUCAUGCUAAAUAACUGUCAGCUGGCUUUUGGUGCUUAUGGGACCAAACACUCAAUUAAAGCAACAAAAGUUGAGGAAUUCUUAACUGGAAAAGUGCUAAGCGUAGGCGUUUUGUAUGAUGCUAUUAAAUUUCUUGGGACUACUAUAACACCGGAAGAUGGCAUCUCGAGUCCUGCUUACAGAUCAAGCUUAGUUGUUGGCUUUCUUUUCGAGUUCCUAAGCCCCUUAAUUGACACCCCUGCAGAAAUUUCAAAUGGCUGGCUCACCGGAUACAAUUGUGCCAAGUGGUUCAUUGAUUCCAAAUUGAAACAGAAUAAUGGUCAGUUUGAUGAAAUCAAACUCCCAACAUUGUUGUCAUCGGCAAAGCAAGUGAUUCAAUCAAGUAAAGAAUACCAUCCGGUUGGAGAGGCAAUUCCAAAAACAGGAGCUGCCAUUCAAGCUUCUGGUGAGGCUGUUUAUGUGGACGAUAUUCCAUCUCCAAGUAAUUGCCUCCAUGGAGCAUUUAUUUAUAGCACAGAGCCACUAGCACGGCUAAAGGGCAUAAAAUUUAAUCCUGGAUGGUCACCAGAUGGAGUCGCUGCACUUAUUACUGUCAAAGACAUUCCUGGGGAGAAUGUAGGUUGCGUGACCGUAUUUGGUAAUGAACCUUUAUAUGCAGAUGAGGUUGCUCAGUGUGCUGGAGAUCGCAUUGCCUUUGUGGUUGCGGAUACACAAAAACAUGCAGACUUGGCCGCAAACCUUGCAGUUAUUGAUUAUGACAAAGAGAAUCUAGAACCACCAAUAUUAUCUGUAGAAGAAGCUGUUGAAAGAUGCAGCUUUUUGGAGGUUCCUUCUUUGCUCUGCCCCGAACAGGUUGGUGAUUUCUCAAAAGGAAUGGCUGAAGCUGAUCAUCAGAUUCUCUCUGCUAAGCUCAAACUCGGGUCACAAUACUAUUUUUAUAUGGAGACACAAACAGCCCUUGCUGUGCCAGAUGAAGACAACUGCAUUGUAGUGUACACUUCUAAUCAAAGUCCUGAGUUCACACAUGAUACAAUAGCUAAAUGCCUUGGCAUUCCCGGACAUAAUGUUCGAGUGAUUAUGAGAAGGGUUGGUGGAGGCUUUGGUGGCAAGGCCAUAAAAUCAAUUCCUGUUGCUACAGCAUGCGCCCUCGCUGCCUACAAGUUACAGCGUCCAGUCAGGAUAUACAUGAAUAGAAAGACUGAUAUGAUAAUGGCAGGAGGAAGACAUCCAAUGAAAAUAACUUAUAGUGUAGGAUUCAAAAGUAAUGGGAAGAUUACAGCCCUGAAACUCGAUAUACUAAUUGAUGCAGGGGUAUACCCAGAUGUGAGUAUAAUCAUGCCUAAAGCUAUGGUUGGGACACUUAAAAAGUAUGACUGGGGUGCUCUAUCCUUUGAUAUAAAACUAUGCAAAACAAACCUUCCAAGUAGGUCGGCAAUGAGAGCCCCUGGGGAGGUACAGGCAUCAUUUAUAACUGAAGCUAUUAUUGAACAUGUAGCAUCCACCCUUUCCAUUGAUGUGGAUUCUGUCAGAAAUAUUAAUCUCCACACAUACAACAGCCUUGAAUUCUUUUACAAGAGUAAUGCAGGUGAACCGUUUGAAUACACUUUACCAUCAAUAUGGGAUAAGUUGGCCACUUCUUCAAGCUUCUACAAUCGGACUGAAAUGAUAAAGGAAUUUAAUAGGUCUAAUAAAUGGCGCAAAAGAGGAAUUUCACGUGUGCCUACUGUGCAUGAAGUGGUCGUGAGUCCAAACCCUGGGAAAGUAAGCAUUCUAAGAGAUGGAUCAAUUGUUGUUGAAGUUGGAGGAGUUGAGCUAGGUCAGGGUCUCUGGACAAAAGUAAAACAGAUGACUGCAUAUGGUCUUAGUUUGAUCCAAUGUGGUGGAACAGAUGAACUUGUGGAGAAAGUAAGAGUCAUACAAGCUGAUACUUUGAGUUUAAUUCAAGGGGGUAUGACUUCUGGCAGCACCACAUCUGAGUCAAGCUGUGAAGCAGUUAGACUUUGCUGCAAUGUCUUGGUUGAGAGACUUACUGCUCUCAGGGAAAGGCUGUUGAAACAAAUGGGAUCUAUAGAAUGGGAGACAUUGAUUAUGCAGGCAUAUAUGAAUUCUGUGAACUUAUCAGCAAGUUCAUUGUUUAUACCUGGCAUUUCUUCCAGAGCUUACCUAAACUAUGGUGCAGCAGUUAGUGAGGUGGAAAUAAACCUUCUAACAGGGGAAACCACAAUUUUGCAGACAGAUCUUAUAUAUGACUGUGGCCAAAGCCUAAAUCCAGCUGUGGAUUUAGGACAGAUUGAAGGAGCCUAUGUUCAAGGAAUAGGGUUCUUUAUGCUUGAAGAGUACCCCACAAACUCAGAUGGAUUAGUGAUUUCAAAGGGGACAUGGACUUAUAAGAUCCCUACAGUGGACACCAUUCCCAGACAAUUUAAUGUAGAAAUCCUCAACAGUGGACAUCAUCAAAAUCGUGUACUUUCUUCCAAAGCUUCCGGAGAGCCGCCACUAACUCUAGCAGUUUCAGUUCACUGUGCUACAAUGGCAGCUAUAAGAGAAGCCAGGCUACAACUUGCUUCAUGGAGUGGACAAAAGGAGUCAGAUUCAACAUUCCAGUACUUGAAGGUACCUGCCACCAUGCCUGUUGUGAAAGAGCUGUGCGGGCUUGAUAGCGUUCACAAGUUCUUGCAAUGGACAAUGGGAAAAAAUUAGUUGAGCAAAUUCUGCUGUCUGGUUUAAAAAUUUUAUUACUGUUUUCACAGAUAAAAAUAUAAAAUUAUACUUAAAUAAAGUUCAAAGUUGAAACAACACAUGUGAAAGUACAUUGCUAUAUUAUACAUUGUGAUAGAGAUGGUUUGAAGUUAGAGAAGAGAGUAAACAAUCAUUGUGCCUAAUAAUGAAAAGUUUUUAAAUGAAAUAUCCCUUGGUUGAUU